AUGGAAGCAUUAAAUUAUUUUGAAACAUAUCGUCAAUUAAGUGAAAAGUAUUAUCAGUUAAAAACAGAUGCUAAUCUUCAAUUAACACGUUUAUAUAUAAAAUUAGCUGAACGUAAAAAAGAUAAUGAAGCAUUAUCAUAUAUAAUUAAAGCUUAUGAAACAUCGAAACAAAGUGAUAAUAAAAAACUUGAAAAUGAAACAGCUUAUAAAUUAGGAUAUGCAUAUCUUGAACUUAAUGAUAUUGAAUUAGCUUUAAAAUAUUUUCAUAAAUAUUAUGAUUAUUGUCAACAAGAAAAUGAUAAUGAAGGUUUUAGCCAAGCAAGUGAAGCACUUGCUAUUUGUUAUCAAAAAAAAGAAAAUGUCGAACAAACUUCGGAAUAUUUAACCAAAUGUUUACAAAGAGUAUCAAAUAAAAUAGGUGAUAAUCAAUAUGCACGAGCAUGUAGUACACUUGGUUUUAUUGAAGCAACUUUGGGUCAUUAUGAUUCAGCAAUUGAAUCUUCAAGUAAAGCUUAUAGUAUAGCAUUAGUAAAUAGCAAUACUGAUCUUAAUCGUAACCGAGUAUUAUAUGGUAUUGUUAAUGGUUUAAAAUUACGAUCAAUUUUUAUUGAUUAUAUCGAUCAAAUGAAUAUAUGUAAUUUAAUUGAAUGGAAAUCUACACGAUUGGAAAAUUAUUUAAAAAAUUGA